AUGAAGUGCACAAAUUGCGGCUCAGCCAACAUCGACCAUGCCAACAACCAGGCCGUCUGCUCGCAAUGUGGUCUCGUGCUCGAGGAGUCGCAGAUCGUCAGCGAGAUCACCUUCGGCGAGACCUCGGGCGGCGCCGCCAUGGUCCAGGGCAGCAUGCUCGCCGCCGACCAGGGCCGCGCGAGGAUCUCGGGGCCGGCCGGCUUCCGCGGUGGCUUUGUGAGCGAGUCGCGCGAGCUCACCAUCUCCAACGCUCGUGGCAACAUCAACAAGAUGGCCGGCGCGCUACGCGUCCCCAGCCAUGUGGCCGACCGUGCCCUCCGCCUCUUCACGCUGGCCCUCGACGGUGGCGCGGCGGCGGCCAGCGGCGAGGAGCCCAAGAACUACGUUCUCGGCCGCAAGGCCGAGUACACGACCGCCAGCUGCCUCUACGUCGCCUGCCGCAUGGACAAGACCACGCACAUGCUCAUCGACUUCGCCGACGCCAUCCAGGUCAACGUCUUUGUCCUCGGCCGAUCCUACCUCAAGCUCGUCCGCGUCCUCAACCUCACCAUGCCCCUCAUCGACCCCAGCAUCUACAUUUCUCGCUUCGCCGCGCUCCUCGACUUUGGCGACGAGACCCAGCGCGUCGCCACCGACGCCUCCCGCCUCGUCUCGCGCUUCAAAAAGGACUGGCUGACCGAGGGCAGGCGGCCCGCCGGCAUCUGCGGCGCCUGCCUCCUUCUCGCCGCGCGGAUGAAUCACUUCCGUCGCUCGAUCGCCGAGAUCAUCCAGGUCGUCAAGAUCGCCGACGUCACGCUGCGCAACCGCCUCGAGGAGUUCAAAAAGACUCCCACCGGCCAGCUCUCGGUGCAAGACUUCCGCAACGUCUGGCUCGAGGAAGAGUACAACCCGCCCGCCUUCAUCCGUGCGCGCGAGCCCAAGAAGGCCGAGAAAAAGAAGAAGAAGAAGAAGAAGGGCGGCAAGGACAAGGACGGCAUGAAGCGCCGCAAAGUAAAGGGCGAGAAGCGCGCAAAGUCGGCCACAGUCGACGGUGCCGCCGAGGAGGGCGACCAGGCAGACGCAGAGGCUGACGCAGAGGGCGAGGGCGAUGACGAAGAUGGCGCCGGCCCGGCGCCGUCGACAGAGGGGCAGGUCGAUGCUCCCGCGCACGCCGACGAUGCCGAGCCCGCCAUCGACCCAGCACUCGAGAGGCUGGUGGACCAGGCGACCGAGGAGGAGAUCAACGCCUAUCUGCAAGAGGGCAUCGCCAAGGAGCUUGACAAGACGCUCGAGGCGCAGGAAAAGGCGCGGCAGGAGAGGGCCAGGCUCGGACUCACCAGCAAUGCCAGCAACAGCGGCGACGACGGUGCCGAUGGCGAUGGCGCUAACGGCAACACAGCAGCAGCAGCAGCAGCAGCAGCAGCAGCAGCAGCGACCGGAGAUGAUGGCGCGCCAGCGGAUGGAAGGCCAGCCGAGGAUCCCGAGGCGGCACCUCAGGACGACAUCCAGAUCAAGCUGAGCCAGACACAGAAGUUGCUCCCGCUCGGAGGUCUGGGGAUGGAGAUGGAGGAUCUCAUCCGAGCCGACCGGGGCGCGCGAGACGAUCGUGGCGAGGGUUCCAGCGGCAGCAGCAACAGCAAUGGACCCGUGGGCGAUGUCGGCUCGCAAAACUCCAAGCUCAAGAAGCGUGGCAGCGAGCCGCCACCGACCGACGACCUGGCCGAUCUGGACGAGGCGGAGCUGGACCGCUUCAUCCUCACGCCCGACGAGGUGCGCAUCAAGGAGCGGGUCUGGAUGGAGUUCAACAAGGACUGGCUCGAGACGCAACUGCGCAAGCAGCUCAAGAUGGAGCACGACCAGAAGAACGGCAUCCCGAUACGCGAGCCCUACAAGCGGAAGAAGCCAAAGGCGCCGCGCGACUCGUCGACGGCCACGCACCAGACCGCCGCCGAGAGCGCUAAGCAAAUGUUCAAGCAAAAGAGCUUCUCCAAGAAGAUCAACUACGACGCCCUCAACUCGCUCUUCCCCGGCGCCAAGCGGGUCCGCGACGGCAGCAGCGGCAAGAGGCGCAAGCGCGGCAGGCACGAGAGCAGCGACGAAUCCGACAGCAGCGAAGACGGAGGAGACGGCGGUGCCCGAGGACGGAAGAAGGGCAAGUCGAAGGACAAGGGCAAGGUCAAGGCGAACGGCGCACAGGCGGGAGGCGGAUCGGGCGCGCCCGACUACUUUGCCAGCGACCAGGACGACGAGAUGGAGAUCAUCGAGGAGGACGCCAGCCUGCCGUCGAGCCACCCGCUGAUGCGGCGCGAGUCGCGCCUGGGCAAAAAGACGGGCUCGAAGCGUGGCGACGGCGGCGCCACGGGCGGCGAGAGCACCGCCGACGCCGGCACCGACCUGGGCACCGAGUUUGAGGACGGCGAAGACGACGAAGACGGCGACGCGGGCGAGGGCGACGAGUUUGCCCGGAUGCAGGGCCUGUACCGCCGCCCGACCGAGGACCAGGGCUACUUUGACGAUGGCGACGGCAUCUUUGAGUCAUGA